AUGAAGAAAAAUGGCGAAAGACAGCUUGAUGGCCAGGGUUUUCGGCUUAGAGCUGCAGGAUUGUGUACACGUCGGCAAGGAUCUCGUAUGCAGAUUCUUCUUGUCUCUGGUACUAAGGACGAACGUCGUUGGGUUAUACCAGGUGGAGGGAUAGAACUGAACGAGGACGAACAAGCCGCUGCUUUACGUGAAGUGCUUGAAGAGGCCGGUGUUGUGGGGAAGGUUGUAGAACGGGUUGGAGAGUUUAGGGAUGAAGAACGACGACACCGCACAGCCGUAUUUAUUCUUAGCGUAACUGAAGAGUUAAGAGAGUGGGAAGAUGGAUUCUCUGGCCGAAAGCGGCAGUGGAUGACUAUAGAAGAAGGCAUAAAGCGGGUAAAAGCUUCACAAAUUUGCAUUCUAAAGCACAUACUGAACCUCUCCAAUCAAUAUACUUUGACAAAGUCUAUAGCAUAA